GCCAUUGAUCCGUUGCUAAGUGAAUGACAUCAUGCGGGCUCAUGUCGGGUCUCCGUCUGCGACAUGCCACCUCCAGACACUAACGCUGUAGAGUGAUGCAGCAGAAGUUGUGUUCCAGAGGUUCUGGCUCUUUCCUCUUGGAGAGGAGCGUCCAGCCCUGUGGCACCAGCACCUCCUGCGACCUCCCCUUCCGCUGCCCCCGCUGUGGCGAGCAGGAGCGCUUCCGCAGCCUGGCCUCGCUCCGCGCCCACCUGGAGUACCGCCACUCCUACCGCUCGCCGGACGUGACCACCGGCGGCUUCAGCAUCACUGGCAAACUCCCCGACCCGUUGACGGCGGCUAUCCCCUGGCACGACAUGAGCCUCCCGACCCGCAGGGGCCAGCAGAGCGCGUGGAGGCCACCCCACGUCCGCUCCCUCAGUGACAGCAGGGACAGCGGGUACCCACACUCCUACAAAUCAGUGAGGAGACGCACCCAGAGUGUCGGGGUGGGGACGCAGGCUGAGGAGGAGGAGGAGGACGACGAUGAUGAUGACGACGACGACGACGAAGAGGAAUUCGGGUCAGAAGACGAAGAUGAUGAGGAUGACGACGAAGGUGAAGAAAGAGAUGGAGGUAGAAAUGAGGAGGAUAUAAAAAAGGCAAACAUAUGCCACCAUCACCUCAACCACCACCACCUCCAGUUCCCUCCUUCAGCUCCUCUUGGCGCCCAACCAGACCCGGAACUGGACUUAGACCUGGACCUGGUCGAGCAGAACUCCUACUCCGGUUUGGAGACGGCAGCAGCCUCGGCCGCAGUGCGUCGACGGCUGGCCAGGAUCCUUCGGGCGGCCGACAGCACCAUGCAGCGCCGACUCGCCAAGGUGAGCACGGAGCUCGCCCAGACCGACACGGAGCUCCUGUGUGAGCGCGCUCACUCGCAGCACCUGGCCCAGGAGAGGCAGGAGGUCGCUGACAGGGAGAGGUCGCUGAGCCGGCAGGUGGACGUGGCUGUUAUGGUGAUCGCCGCGCUGAGGGAGCAGCUCAACGCCUCCGAGAACGAGCUGGAACGUCGAGAGAGGGAGGUGAUAACCAUCCAGAAAUUUCUGGAAGCGGCGGCGAGACAGGAGACGUGCGGGAAAGUCAGAAUCCAGCGCUUCAUCGAGAAUCUGCUGGGACGCAUCGCUAUGGCCGAGAGACUGGUGGAGUAUUACCAGGUCAACGGCAGCCCGCAGCAGUGCAACCACUACAAGUACCAGCAGCCAACUGAUAAUGGGCCUCACAGAAUCACUAAAAGCAGGUCGGCGGGAGGUCAGCUGUCCUCGUCCGGUCUCCACGACAACAGAACCCACUCCUCCUCGCAGUUCGGCGGCCAUCCUCUGUUCUCCAAACCGGGCGGCGGGGAGCGAGACCGUGAGCGGGAGCACCGCGAGCGUCUGGCCCAGUCGUCCAGGCUGUUCUGCCGACCCGAACACAGAGACGACAUCUGGAACCACCAGCGCCGCCGAUCCGCCGGAUCUGAUGUUACCGUUUCCUGUCUGCAGACUUCAGUCAUGUAACAGGCUGAUUAGAAAACCAGACCUGUAAACAUUGUAGAGAAAUCUCCAGGAGAAAUCUUCCAGAGGAAACCAGGUUUCUCUCAUUCCGGAUUAAAGAAACCAGGUAUCUGGUUUACACAGCAUUUGAGAGAUUGGCCCGCUGGAGAAAGCCGACUGUAACCUACAUGCACUUUCUUGCAUAAGUGCAUGAACUGAUCUCUGAUUUCAGCGUUUCUUUUAACACAACCUGAUCUUAGUCUGAAUUGUUUUAGUCUGGUUAAACCUUUAAUAAUCCCUAAAACUGGAGUUGUGGGGUUUUUUUAUGCAAACAGCAGUAUAACUAGAAAGAUGUGUGUGUGGAGGAGUGUGUGCAGUACUUCAAGUUUGUACUUAUUCCUGUUGUGUCAUUAAAAAGGUGGUGGAAGAUGCAUGAGGCAGCCCUACAACUACUACUACUACAACUACUACUACUACUACUACUACUACUACUACUACAUAUGUAGCUAUUGUGUUACCGUGAAAGCAUGCUUCAUAUGUAGCAAAAAAAAGCAAAGUACUUAUACUGUUAUCUUGUACUACUAUGUGUACUUUUAUAGCAGAGCGAGGUCUAUUUUAAUGGUACAGUAUUUGAAGGACAGUUGCACUAAACCAACAAAGAGCACUUAAGCUUGGAGCGGUUGGAUUUCAUAUGAAGGGAGUGUUGUUAAACUGGACAAUCAGCAGGGUUCAUGCACAGGUUUGGAAAAGUCUGGAAAAUAAAUGUGAUUACUUCUGUGUUUUGGAAUGUUUUUAGGAGAAAAAUGUGCUCUGAAAUAUAGAGAGAGAGAAAAAAGUGGUUGAAAAACAUAACCGAACAAGUAUUCUAACUGCAGUGUUAGUUUGAUUAUGACACUACUACCUUUCUCGUCGGUAGAGAUUAAAGUUAGUUUUAUGUUGUGUAAAAAUCUGUUUUCUGCGCCAAGUUUGAUAUCCUAAUUUAGUUCAUCAUGUCUGUCUGUAGGGAUUUCCUUUUUGCAGAAGUGAUCUCUAGUUUUGUGCCUUCACUGAAAAACUCUGUCGUCUGUAUAACACUGUGCAAAAUGCAAUACUGUGAAGAACUGGAAUACUUUUUAUGUUGAAAAUGUGUCGGUCCGUGUGGUAACCAUCGAAGAUUAAAGAACAAACAU